UGAGAUCUUGUUUUAUUAAAAAGAUUAUGGCAUGCCAAAUACUAAACAUCUUGCAAGAGCCUACAGUUAACUGGUCCACUGGUGUUCUAGACUGGAGAAUCCAGCACAUCACAAAACCGCUUAAAUUAGUAAAAUAACUAUAUUGACUGUCUAUUUACCUUUCAGUGUUCACCCCUGAAAUCCAAUCUUGUGUUCAGAUAGUGACUAGCAGGACUGGGAUUGGAUUAUGGGUUGGAACGUGUAAAAUGAAACGAGUGGAGACCGGCAAACUGUAGACAAGCCAAAUCCAAAUGUGCAUGAUGAAAAGUAAAAUGUAGAAGUCUUUACAUUUUGACCUGUUUGCAUGAAAGUAAAGGGAACAAGUCUGUUUCAAACUUGACUUGUAGAAUGAAACAGCCAAACACGCGUGUGCUGCUUCACUCCUUCUCAGGGGGAGUCCUGUGACCGUGGCGACGUGCUAGAUUGUCAUGAAGUCUGCAUUAUUCUGCUCCUCACUCCCUGUACUCAUUUAUUAUUAUUAUUAUUAUUAUUUAUUUCUUAGCAGACGCCCUUAUCCAGGGCGACUUACAAUUGUUACAAGAUAUCACAUUAUACAUUAUUUCACAUUAUACAGGUAUCACAUUAUUUUUACAUACAAUUACUAUUUAUACAGUUGGGUUUUUACUGGAGCAAUCUAGGUAAAGUACCUUGCUCAAGGGUACAACAGCAGUGUCCCCCACUGGGGAUUGAACCCACAACCCUCUGGUCAAGAGUCCAGAGCCCUAACCACUACUCCACACUGCUGCCCCAAGAAUUGUUUGAAUGUUCAUGCUUUGUUUUAUCGAGUGGUAUAGAGUGUAGGUAUCGCUUGUUCUAGGUUCCAGCAACAUAAACUAAACAAAUCUAUCAAAUGAAAAUCCCAACAUGCCUUUGAAUGAAUACAGUGACUGAGGGACUGAGUGGUGUAUACUGGAGAGGUUCCUGAGCAUUUUGAGAAUGCAGGCUGCAGGUGCUAAGUUUUCUUUGGAGAAUUUGCUGUUUGUGUAUUGUCAAACUUACAUGGCAUGAUAUCAGUUGCUUAAUUAACUAAUGAACCAAAAUAACAAUAAAGAAAACAGAUUUAUUUUUAGGUUGGAUAGUGUAAAACACCAAGUAGGAUUUUGUAAACCUAUAUAAAAAGCUGUUUUGUUGAAUGCUACACAUAGAGCUAUGGCCAAAAGUUUUGCAUCACCUAGAAUUUUAUGAUUAAGACAUUAAAAAAAAAAAAAAAAAGAAAUCUAUAAGAACAUAAUUUAGAUAUUUUAUUUAACAUCAUGUAAUCAAAUAAACUAAAAAUGAUCUUGCAAAACUUUACCGGAAGCCAAAAUAGUACUACAGUAUUUCAAGUUAGAAUUCCUAAUGUCACAUAUUUUUUAAUUUUGUAGUUUUCCCAUAUACUUAACAAAAAAUCGACAAAGCGGUACAAAAUUCAAUAUGUUAACGUAACAUUAUUCAGGUUUCAUUAGACUUCAUGGAGCAAAUUUAGUUCAUUCUAGAGAGUGAUACAAAAUCUUUUUGUAGUAAGACCAUUAAUGCAUACGAUUAAAUUACUGCAAUGUUUAUUUUAACAGUCUUCUAACACAAAUACAUAUCUGAUUUAUUGUACAUAAGUCUGCAUGCUGCUUAUGUAUUUAAAUAGAGAUACAAAAGUGCAUGUCUGAGUGAUUCUUGAGAUUUGUAACAUUUCUGGAGGUUCCACCGAGAUCCUACGCAUGCUAAUAACAAUUGCUGAACAAGAUCUGCAUGAAGCAAGGUUGAUUUCAGCAUGGAAAUGAGGGGGAAAGUAGACGGACCACAGCAUGAACGUCCCCUCUCUCUAACCCACCAUGGCCUGAGGAGAUGUCCCUGAAGCAUGCAGGUAAAAUGCAGCAAGGUACAGUGAGGGAGGAAUACUUGCUGCAAAGAGAAAAAAACAAUUCAACAUGUGGCUGUAUCUCCGGUGUAGGCAGAGGAAAUGUUCGAAGGACAACGCCUUCAUUCCUGCGGAAACAAAUUAUCCAAAAGUUACAAACUGGAGACCUUGCAGACCUGGCCGAUGAGGGAAUGUCCAUGCUACUCCCCCAUUUGAAACGGGUUGGAAACUCCACCUCCCCAGCCAGUGCAGAGUGGGCAGCUUAUCAGAGUGGAGGUGUGCAGAAUACACACUAUAGAGCUGGGAACCCUUUACACCCCAAGAUCAACUACAGGAAUUCAAAGAACUGGAGUUGGCCAGGUGGAGCAAAGGUACAUACCCAAGACAAUGACAGUGUGUUGCCAGCAUACUGGAAAUACUGGCAGACUGGCAUCUCCAAUCCUAGAGAUGACAAAUGGAGUUUCAGAACCCUGGAACAGCAUAUUCGAAGAGGGCUGAAGAGGAGUCAAACAGAAAGAGAAGUGGCCAAUGCUAUUAGUGAGGUCAUUUUUCCGGAGCUGAACCUUAGGAGUUACCUGGAGGGGAGGUCUGUGCUCACUGUCCCGACAAUCAGAAACAUUAUCCGCAGCCGCCGCACUGAAGAAGCCGCAGAGUUGGAUCGGGCCCUGACUAAAGCGGCUCAGGGGCCAAUAAAGAUUCCUGUUCCAUUCUUGACACACCCGGCGAACCUGAAGCAAAAAGCGAAAUUUCUAAUGAACCAAGCCAAGCUGGGACAAAGUGUCACCCAAGCAAACGCAAUAGGGCCAGCAUUGUCAUACCGGCACGAGAUGGAGGAUUAGACUGGAGAAGACCAAGCGGCUUAGUUAACUAAAUCAAAUAGCAGCUUACCACCCCCACCACCAACAAAACCCAGUCAAUGAAGGAGACCUUAGUUAAUCAGGAAAGCUAUGACCAGGGAGGAAGCACAUACAGGCUUAAAGGCAGGAAACCUAAAAUGGGAGAUAAUCCAGAUUGCCUUAAAAUCAAAUGUACUAAAGGCAUUCAGAAGAGCUCUUAACCUGGAAGCCCUUGGGUGCCCAAUCUGGGGACCAGGUCCUGCUUUUAAACGUGUCUAACCAUUGUGAUUCAGAGAUAUGUUUUGCGGGAGCUCCAGUGUCCAAAACAGGGUUAAGGAGAUGUCUGUGGAAGACUGAAGAAGUAACCAUACAAGGGGAACAAUGUUCCCAGCCAAACAACUCAAAGAACGGCUACAUCCAGAGAUAAUGGAAUAGCCUCCCUUUUAAUUGGAAGGACAUCAUAAUGCAAUAUGGACUUGCUGUAAUACUCCCCAGACACGAUCACUGACAUAAAGAUGGUGGCAGCAUUUAUAAAUCCCAAGAGGUCAGUAAUCGAUGUUAACAAUUAUUCCCGCUGUUUAAGGGUGACCCUAUAGGACUCAAACUGGCACUUCUUUACAAGGCAUGUAUUUUCAAAAGUUAUUGCAGUUCACGUCCACAUUAGAACCUAUCAGUAGGAACUACAGUGCUACCCUGUUAUAAUGCGGUUGUCGGGGUCCAUAAUUAGGAGACCGCGUUAUUUAUGUUUUGCCUUCUAACGAAUAUUGGCAUUUUUGUCCCCGAAAUGAGUUACAAUCACAAGCCAGAUUUAUAUUGUAGUGUAUGGUGGAAAAUGAAGGAAGGAGACACACACAAUUUGCAGGUACUCGAAUCCACAGUUUAUUGGGAUGAUUAUUCCCAGCCCCUGUUAGCCUGGGCCACACCAAAAACAACAAACAGUCUUGCACUCUCACAGCAGCACAUUCGCGCAGCAGCUUGUCUCGCUCAGCUCUGCACGCACUGAUGUGGGCACCCCCCUGUAUGCUUUCAUGCCCCCGCCUCCCUGUUGACGUUCCUGCAGAAACCAAGUGAAUAAAGCAGAGUCUAAUUCAUUGUCUUUAGCGCAGCGCUUUUUUUUUGAGCAGCCAUCUUUUGGAGUUAAUCUUAUCAAGAAAACCUCAGUUUUUCUUCGAUUCUGCAACAUUUAUAUCUUUUGAAACUGCUGCUUGAGUUUCACCUUUUUUUACUCUGUCCACCACAUUGAGUUUCAUUUUACCAGAGAAAGCUUUUCUUUUUUUGCUGUCAGCCAUGCUUCGUACUGUAUACCUGCAACGUUCACCCAACGUUUGCGAGUCAAAUUACAUUAUGGGGGAAAUGGGAGUCACGACCUUACCGUGUUAUAAUCGAUUCCUAACUAUAACAGGUCUCGUUAUAAUGGGGUAGCACUGUAGCUUCAUAAAUCUGAGUUGUCUCGUGCACAAAGAAUUCUUAAUGUACAAUUCCUUGCCGUACUGGUAACAGCUGACUUUGCGUUAAAAAAAGAAAGUAUGCGAAUUGCCAUGAUUCCAGCGACUGAAGCCCAGAACAGCUAGAACAGACUGCAUCCGAAAUAGAUACGACUAAAGGCAGCAUGUGGAUAUUUUCAGAUAGGAAGAUUUUUCAAUCUAAUUCCUUGUCUUUUCAAACCAUUUUAUUUACAUACCCACAUUCUUUUGUAGCAACACAACUUCUAUAUCUUUAAAUGUUUUGCAGGGCCAACUCUUAUCUUCAGAGUUUUGUCUUUUACCAUCCUUUGUACAAGGCCUUCCAUACAAAAUACAUGAGACCACUAAAUACAUAUGAGGUAGCCUUGCAGCAUGUUUAAAGAUAUAGGAAAGUAUGUCCCAUUAAUUGGGGAGAUUGGGGUCCAACUGACAUAAUAUAUCUUGAAUGUUCCCUGAAUAAAAUCUGUCCUCUUGAAUCACGUUUCUAUUUGUUAGUGGCUUCUCUGGUCUGUCUAAUAAUAUAAGAAUAUACGAAGCAACACAUUACCUUGCAUAACUUUAAAUUAAAUCAGCUGCGAUUUAUGUUAGUACCGUUAUAGUGCCCUUACAAUGUAAGUGUUGCUUUACCUAAAACAAUAUGACAAAUUGUAAAUUAAGCAGAUCCACUUAUGUAAAUAAUAAUAAUAAUAAUUUCGCCACUUAUGAAAAUACAUGCCAAUGUAUUGAUGCAAAUUUGUGCAGACUGUGAGAUUAUUCAUACUGUAUAAAGCUGCAAGUCCUGUAUAUAAUUAUACUUCUGUGAUCUGUGUAGAAAUUCUAAUAGUACAUAUGGUUAAUUUAAAUAGCUUUUGUGUGGAACAUAUUGUGAAAGCUAGCAGUACAGAAAGGAAAUUAAAUCUAGCUAUUGUUCCCACAUACAAUAAACCUGUGGUGAUGGACUCUUGCCAUGGACUAGUUCCAUAGACCGAUUAGUACUAAUCUUUGAUUACCUUAGCUAAAAUAACAUUAGCUAGUAUUUGAGUAGCUCUGUGGAAUAGAGUAACAGCACUAACUACAGCAGGUAUAAGCAGCAAUACAAUUGGAACUAAAUCCAUAAGAUCAAACUAAAAUCUGAAGCGCGUUAUGCAAUACAGAGGGCUAGUUACACUAUUAAGGCAUUGCAAUGCUCCCAUGAUGCAUAUUGUUCAUAUAAUUGAAUAUAUGAAGAUUCUUGCAAGUGACUUGGAUCCAAUUCAAUAAAGACUGAAAAAAGCAUCUCUGAGUUGUUAUUGAGUGUGUGACAGUGUGAGGGUGCUGACGAAUGCCCUGUCCAAGUGACACCAUUAAAGGUUUGAUUUAGUUGAACAGCACUUACUCCCACACACAAACAUUUGUUUUUUUUAAAUUGCCCAAGCCAAACAUGCUUGUAACUAAUCUGAAACUGUAUUAUUGAACAUAUGCAAUUAGCUGCUGACAAUUCUGUCAGGAUAUUAGACUCUAUUAUACAAAGUGUAUUCAGGUCUAUUAUAUAGAUAGAUAUAACUGGACAGCAGUAUUGUGACUCUUUAUGCAGUAUACAGUUACUAUUGUUAAAUGUUAUAAUUUGUUUGUAUAGUAAAGAAAACUAACACUGAUCAGCCUUUAAUUAUGAGGUAUUUAAGUUUCCAGCUCUCACUGGUCACUGGUCACUGGUCACUGGGCUGGUAAACAGGAUUACAUUUAGAAUAUUUACCAUUUUAACAAACCUUCUUGAUCAGUAGAAUAAUAAGUGUAUGUGGACUUAAUGGCCUAGAUAGGGAGAAUCAACACGUGAUUCUACCUUGGUGCAAGUUGUGCAAUAGAGCAAAAAGUUUUAAAAAUCAGACGGUGAUAGAGCAGCACAAAUCCAUUAUUCGGAUCAAGCACUCCACAGAUGAGGGGCUGGUGUUGAUUGGCCGUGUUUACAUUUCCCAGUGAAGAAACAGCUGCUUGGAUUGGUGUGGAUUGCUGUUCUCCACAGAGUGUAAGAAAAGCAGCAGUCCUCACAAAUCCGAGAAGCUGUUUCUUCACUUGGAAUGGGAAGUCAGCCCAGUCAACACCAAUGCCCCUCACCUGAUUGUCAGCACCUGAUUUCUGUAGAGAGCUCAGUCCGAUUAAUGGGUUCGUUCAGCACCAGCCAGUGAGAUCAAAGACAAUGCCUGAUUGUUUAAGAAAUGUUCACAAUUAAUACUUUCUUACAACCCAGUGCCUUGGAGGACACAACGACAUCUUCAUACCUUUCUAUUUUCGCUCUAUGAAAAAAGGUUUCCUUUUUUCUAUUCCUUCUGUUAUUUAAAUACAAGUUAUCUGCAGAGAUUUUAAAUAGAACUAUACUUACACAAGUGGCAUAUUACUAGGGAUAGUUCUCCUGCUUGCUGCUUUUCUCUGUGAAUUAUAGUAAUAAGCACUGUCUUCUUAUGUUUCUU